UUGCUCCAGCCCUUUUUUUUUCCUUUUCCUGAUGUCACCUUGGCCUCGCCCCACGAAGAGUUGCCGAGUGACAGUGUGAGUAAGUAAGUAAGUAAGUGAGUGAGUGUGUAGGUGAGGGAGAAUCUUACUUUCGGAUUGCAUGGACUAAUUUAACGCGCACACCUCUGUGGCUCACUUCUGAGAGUUAACGAAGAAGCAGGAGUACGUUGUGAAGAUGAACAUGACGCAAGAGAGUUAUUUCCUCAAGUCGGCCUUGCCCACGGACGCCCCGAUGUCCACCUUGGCCAUGCCCUCGGAUACCCAGCUCGACCACAGGGACGGCUCCCAGCAGAAGAGCAUGAGGGUCCAGGAGCAGGUCCGCACUAUGCUCAAGAGUAGCAGCAGUAGCCGGGCCGGCUCAGUCUGUGGAGAUUCUUUUGGAGUGAGAUAUCCAGUGGCAACUAUGCCAAGCUUCGCCUCCAAGUCUCAAGCCUUUGUAACUGAGAGAAAGUACUCUACUGCCAAGCCAUCGAUGUACAAACAGGGGACGAGUCGAAACUGGUCGUCUCGUUCAGCCGUGGGGGAUUACUCCUUCAAAGGGGCAACCACAGGAGAUCAAUAUGUCAGGCAAAGGGAGGAGAUGAUCUCUCAUUACAGACCCAUUUCAAUUCAUCAGACGUCUUCAAGACCACAGUCCUUCCAUCAGUCCACAACGUACAGAUAUGUCAACCAAGGACUAAUGGAUCAGCAGGACAUUGACAACUUGUCACUACACUCAAUGCAGCUGCCUGGUAAACAUGCUGAGAUCAUGAGGAAGAAGCCUUGGUCUGGAGCACAAAUGAAUGGACAGGCCGUUUACCAAAGAGUAGACGAUGGAGAGACCAGCAUGAUGUCAGAUCAGGUUGAUAAUGGCUAUUCAUCCUCACGUGGCCGCAAUAGCUAUAGCACCAACACCUACAAUAUGAGCCACGUGACCAGUAAAUCUCCAGUCAAGCAAAUGGGUAAUUUGAGCCUGCCUAGAUCCUUAAGUGGAUCAGUGGGUAUGGCUGGUUACGCAGUGGAAGGGAUGGAGGAGAUGUCUGACCGUCGACAAAUCAGACCCCCAGCUCAGCGCACCUUGCAGAGAGUCCAGCAAAGCAGCAAAGUAGCUCGAGGAAGAACAGCUUCAGGUUCCUACUCAACAGUGCAAAUGGCACAUGCUCCAUCGCUUCGCAGUUUGGGCAGAUUGGAGGGCAGUAUGCGGGAAUUGGGAGACCUCCAAGCGCAGGAGUUAGAAGCGACGAGGCUUGAUGGAUUUCAAAUGGCCCAGCUGACGCAUUCUGAUGGUUUGGACCUGCCGACUGCUGUCAACCUUCUGAGCUCUCCUGACGUUAAGAAUCAAGUGAUUGGAGCUGGAUAUAUCCAACAUGAAUGCUACCAUGAUGCGGGUGCUAAAGAGCAAGCUUAUAAUUUGAAGGCCAUCUCGAAGCUUGCGAACCUCUUCAAUCACGAUGCGUUGGAAGUGCAACAGAGUGCGACAGCAGCAAUGCGCAACCUGAUCUAUAACAACACCAUGAACAAACAGGAGCUGGUCAAGCAGAAUGGAAUCCCCAAGAUGAUGCAGGCAAUCAAAAGCAUUGAUGAAGAACUGAAGGCCAACAUCACCGGAAUCCUGUGGAAUUUGUCUUCCAAUGAGAAUCUGAAGAACACUCUUGCCCACGAUACAUUAGAGAGAAUCACUGAAGAGAUCCUUGCCCCAUCCUCGGGCUGGAGUAGUAGUGUGAAUGUCAAGCCAUUAGCUUCAGAGGAUGAGGUCUUCUACAAUGCCACUGGCUACAUUCGAAAUCUGAGCUCAGGAAAAGAAGAAACACGUCAGAAAAUGCGGGAAUGUAAAGGUUUAGUGGACUCUCUGGUCUACUACAUCCAGCAAUCUCUGGAUCAUAAUGCAGCCAGCAAGAGUGUAGAGAAUUCAGCCUGCGUCCUGCGCAACUUGUCCUACCGGCUGUACGAAGAAAUACCAUCCUUUUAUCAGAACCGAUUGGAGGGCCCUGGCAGGAAUGACAGAAAUGUGAAGAAAGAUGAUGUUGUGGGAUGUUUCACUCCUCAGAGUCGGAAGGUUAAAGAGAUCAAUACAGAUUCAACAAUAUUUUCAGAAGUUACAAAAGAUCCCAAAGGAAUGGAGUGGCUAUGGAAUCCCGCUAUUGUCCGAGUCUACAGCGGGCUCCUGGACAAGAGUGAGGCCAAUCAGCAAACCGCUGAAGCUGCCUUGGGGGCACUACAAAAUAUUACAGCAGGGGACUUCAGGUGGGCCUCUGUGAUAAGUCGAAUAGCAAUGGAUCAGGACAGAACAUGGUACACUCUCAUGAGUUAUUUGAAGAGCAACAAUGACAAUGUACUAAAGUCAUUGACUGGUCUGCUUCGAAAUCUUACAGUUCAUGCAAGGAACAAGGAAGAUAUUGCAAUCAAGAUCAUUGGACCUCUCCUGCAAAAGUUGCCAGAGGAAAGCAGUUCCUCUUCACCAUCAAACGAGGUGGCAGCUAACAUUUGCACGAUACUUAACAAUCUGGUGGUGGAGACCAUUGAAGCUCCAAGACAAAUUGUAAACCAUAAUGGAUUAAGGAAACUCAUGAACAUCAAGCACAGAAGAGAUAUUGAAGCUGAGAAAGCGGUAAAAGCUGCCUCCAGUCUUUUGGGAAAUAUGUGGUAUUACAAGUCCUUGCAUCGUGACUACAAGUCACGAGGUUACCACAAAGAUGCUUUUAUGUCCAACUAAGGUCAAAUCUGCUACUACACGCUACAAUCAAAACUACAGACAGCUGGAUCCUACUGAAUGCUCCUCCCCAGGAAGGAUAAUUUAAUCUCUAUCUAUUCCAUUUUCCUUUUGUAUUUGUUGUAAACUGCUCUCGGGUUGAUGGAGACCUGCCUCCCUAGGUCUGGAUCUUCUAAAACUACGUUAGGACGGACCAUCACCACAAGGAGCGUAGAUGUUCAAUGACUCUGUGAAACUUGUAUGUGCUACCGAAAGUUUGUAUAAUACUAGAUUUUUUUUUGUGUCUAUACUGUCCUUCGAAAUGUAGCAGCAAUCCAGAUUUUAACUUUUCAAAGUAAUACAAAGAUUUUAAUAAUUUAAUUGUAAUCUCAAGUUCCUGUUUCAACUCCUCGCAGUCUGAUACUGCAAUAAGUUGUGCGACUUAAUAGGAUCUUGAUUGAUAUGGGCCAAAUUGUUUAGCAACUGAAUUGAAAUGAGCAUACCUAAAAGAUAUAAAAUCAUAUAACUUCCGAAGUGUCCAAUCUACAUCUCCUACAUUUGAUUAUACAACUAUGCACUCAGCUGUUGAUAAAUUUAUUUGCUGUGCUCUCUUCCUCCCACCUGUUUGUUUAAAAAGUAGAUUUAUGAUCUAUCUGAGAAAUUAGGUAAUAUGGAAUGGGCCCUAAUGGAGUCAGCAAGCUAGAGUUAAUGAGAAGAGGCAAUGUUAAAAUGCCUAAAAGGCCAAUAUUAACAAGGUUCAUGUGCUAACAUAAUAAAGGGUAAUGAUAAAUUCUUGGAGCAAUCUGUAUGAAUUAAUUUACAAUUAAUUGAUUUAGAUAAGAUGGGUAAUAAAUCCUGGUCCAGCCAGCAACACCCAUAGACCAUGAGUGUUUUUUUUAAAAACAGAGCAAAUUGGCAGGACUUCAAUUAUAUCAAUUCUGACACUGGUCUUUAACUAGGAGAUUACAGGAGAGCAGCAGAACACUUUUCAGAUCUUAUGAACUGAAAGUAUUCACGCUACAGUUGCUGAACAAAGAAUCUUUGGGUCUGAAAUAGUGUGAUCACACAUUGGAACAGAGAAACAAAAAAUUUGGGGUGUUGUAGAAGGUUUGGUGGUGGUUUUCCAAUGUACAUAAUGUUUAGAUAUAAUAUUCUGGGAAUGGGAUUUUAAAUAUAAUUGUUUAUUAUCACUUUGAGUAUAGUAAAUCACAAACAAUUAAAAAUAAGCUUCUAAAAGAAUGUUUGUUUAUUUUAGUAUGUACAAUCUGUACAUAGAAUGUAUAUCUGUGUAAUAAUGUCUCCCUCCCACUGCCUUCCAGAAAGUCCAUGGAAAACUUGCUAGGUUUUUUGUAGUGUAACAACUGCAGCAGGAACUUGAAAUACAUAAUCCCAUAGCGACUUGCAACUUUCCAAAAAGGUCAUGGGCUUGGAGGAAAACCCAAGUCUGCUUUGCCAGUGGCAGAUGUUCCACAUCUGCUGUCAGGCACAGCGGGACCUAACACUGAGGCUGGGAAAUGAGGAGACACCAACUGAGCACAAGGUAGCAAAGGUAGGCCAGGGCCUGGUAGAGUGAAACCAGAUCUGGAGGAAAAUAGAUGUGAGUGGAAACUGGUGCGGACUGUGGAGUUAGACAAUGAGGACUGGAACAGUCAGCAGGCGUGUUUACAUUAGAAUGGUGCUGGAAGAGCACAGCAGGUCAGGCAGCAUCCGAGGAGCAGGAAAAUCGACGU